AUGACGACACAUCCCGUUAUGGCUUCUUCUUCUGAGAUGACUUCUGUUGGCAUGGCCUCCCCGCGAAUGGCCUCCUCGGGCAUGUCUUCAACGCCGUUUCUGCCAAUACUGAAUAAUCCAAUACAGUUUCACUCCUCUCGAAAUCCGGGAACCUGCACUCUGAAGCCGGAUCAAUGUGUCCUAAAAAAUAGCUACUGGGUAUUCUGGUACGAGGCGGAUCUGGUUUACUGCCUCCCCGUGGUAUAUCUUUUCGUAUCUGCCAUAACAGUAUUUACCGUUGGUAGAUUUGCCUCGGACUUUAGUCCGGCUACCAUGAUAACCCAGAGAAAAUCAUGGCGCUGCUGCGUGUCGGCUGUUCGCUUCCUAUCUUACAAGAGUUGGCGAAUUGGUAGUUGGUACUCCCAGUCUCUUGGAGUCCUUCUCCUCGCGGCAAUCGGCGUCGUCUUUUUUUCAGCGCUGACCUUGGGACCCCGGCCGUACUACUGGCCAACUGACGCUCGCUAUGGAAACUCGCCUCCUAUCGCUACGCGGACUGGGUGGAUGGCUUUGGCCUGCAUGCCGUUUAUACUCGCCUUCGGGGCCAAAGCCAGCAUGGUUACUGCAUUGACCGGUAUAUCAACCGAGAGACUAAACACAUGGCAUAGUUGGGUUAGCUGGGCGAUGCUGGUACUGGCCCUCAUCCACACAUUUCCUUUCAUCGUCUACCACCGUGACAAAGGCGAUUUGACCACCGCCUUUCGCACAGGAGGCGUAUGGCUAACCGGUGUGGUUGCCAUCAUAGCCCAAGCCUGGCUAACAUUCAUGUCCGUCUCUUGGAUUCGAAAUAAGUGGUACGAAUUCUUCAAGUCGACGCAUUACUUUUUUGCAGCCGUCUUCUUGGUUUUCUUUUUCCUCCACUGUAGUUUCCGCCUGACAUCUUGGGACUACUUCAUUGCCGCUGGAGUCAUCUAUUUGAGUAGUCUGUUCUACGCCCUGGCCAGGACUUUGAAGCAUGGCAUUGGACGCACUGCCAUCCUCAGUAUGGAGUCUCCCCAAUCGUUGCGCAUCACUGUCCUUACAAAAUCCAAGUGGAAGCCAGGCCAGCAUGCAUAUCUCCGUUUUCUAACAGGCGGCCUUCACUCCGUCACAGCGCACCCGUUUACCAUAUGUUCAGCUCCUUUAAAGGGUACUCAGCACAACGAGAUGGUUUUUUACCUUAAACCACUGGGAGGUUUGACCAAUCGACUAGCUAGCAUGGCUCAGAAACAGGAACAUGCUAGCCUCAGAGUCCUCUUGGAUGGUCCAUAUGGAGGUUUGCCCGGGCGCUGGUAUAAGGGAUUUGACCGCACGAUACUCAUCGCAGGCGGCUCUGGGUCUUCAUUUACUUUCCCUCUUAUUGAGGAUUGGCUGAGUCGGCGUGAUUCCAACUCUACAAGUGAAUUAAAGGUCGUCUUGGCCACUAAGGAUGUGGAAAUGCGAAUAUGGUAUACCGAGGAGUUGCAGCGUGUUGCAGAGCGACAGCGCGGUUCUGGAGCAACCGAGUUUCCUGGAGUAAGUAUACUUCUCUAUGAAACGUAUGAUACGGCCGUGGGAAUUCCAGUAUCAAGAACCACGUCUUCGAGUAGUGAUGAGGAGAGGGGUAAAGAGGAGCCAAGGGUACAGUCAUCUGCUGACUCAACUACCUCCCUCUUUGGCAUCAAGGUCUUCCGUGGACGCCCUGACACAGGAGCCACGGUUAGGGAGGCGUCACUCCAGCAGUCUGUUGGCACUGUUGGCAUUGCAGUCUGUGGACCAGCCGGAAUGGUGUACGACGUUGCAAGUGAGGCGGCAGCACAACAGCAACGUAUUCUGAGUGGACACACUGGGGCGUCUGAGGUUUGGUUUCACUUGGAAUCAUUCUCGUAA